CUGACUCCCUCUGCCUUCCAGGAGGAGAUGUCUCUCACCACCAAGCAGAGGCUGGCCAGAACUCGGGAGAUGAGGCUGCCUCAGGUUGUCCAGAUUUCAGACAUGAGUGAGACCUCCCAUCACAAGUUCUCAUCGAUUGACUUGGACCAGACCUUGUUUCAGCCUUUCCCGUCAGAAGUGGUAUUUCAAAACUAUGUCCCCCAUAAGGUCUAUGAAAUGCCACUGGUGCUAACGAACAGGGACAAGGUUCCUCAUAUGCUGAAGGUCACCAUGGAAAACUCACCUUAUUUCAAGCUGGUUGGCGCCAACAGUGUGUUCCAUAUGGUACCACCAGGCAUGACUUCUACUUUACAGAUCCACUUCACCCCUGAGGAGAACAAGGAUUAUUUCCACCAGGUCCUCUGCAUCACCGACAGAGAAAACUUAAUUGUGCCAAUCCGAGCCAUUGGUUCCCGAGCUGUCCUGGACUUCCCUGAUCAGCUGGACUUCUCAGUCUGUCCAGUUAACUACAACACCCGGAAGACUCUGCAGGUGCACAAUGUUGGUAACCAGUCCCGAUCCCUUUUUUUGUGUUGCAGCCCUUUCUCUGUCAGUCCGGACAUAGGAUGUCUUGGCAUUGGUGACUCCAUGCAAGUGACAGUGGAAUUUCACCCGCUGCAGACUGGGGAUCAUUCUGCAUCCCUGGUAGUGCACUACGACACGGGUGAAGAUAUCCACACAAGCCUUCAAGGAACAGCUGUGAAUGUCCACAUUGGGCUGGACAGGAACUCUGUGACAGUGGAGAAGACUUACCUCACACUGUCAAGUCACGGAACUGUGGUCAUCUACAAUCGGAGUAAUGUCCCAGCCCACUUCCAGUGGAGGGCUUUUGCCACUCAGGAGGAGGAGGAUUGGCAGAGGCUGAGGCUGUGUCGGCAGCAAAAGGACAAGGUGGAUGAUUUCCUUAAGGAAUGCAGAGUAGACAGCAGUCGCCGAGAAUUCUUUUCCCAUCUGCCCUGCUUUUUCCAGAGGGAAAGGACAAAUGUGCAAGGAGAUUCUAUGCUGUUCUCCGAUAGCAUUUUCACCAUUGAACCAGUGGAGGGAGAGAUCUGUCCAAAUUCUUCGGCUGAAAUCACUGUGAUCUUUAAACCCCAAGAAGCCCGAGUCUAUGAACAAACAGCCUACUGUGACAUCUCAGGCUGUGAAACCAGGCUGCCCCUGCACCUCACAGGAGAAGGCCUUGGGCCCAAGCUCUGCUUCAACUUUGAUGAACUGGAUAUUGGGGACGUUUACAUCAGAACAGCCUACAGCUAUGAGGUGAUCCUGUUUAACAAAGGACCUCUUGAGGCUGCUUUCAGCCUGGUCCCUCCAACUACAGCCGUGGGUUCGUGCUUCACCUUUCUGCCCCAGGAGGGCAUCAUUGCACCAGAUGGGGUCCAGGCCAUCCAGAUCUCCUUCCGUUCCCCCAUCCUGGGGAAGCUCAAGGAAACAUUCCAGUUCAGUGUGACUGGAUCCCCUAAGCCUGUGACCUUGACUAUCAGGGGUUAUGUCAUUGGACCAACUCUCCAUUUCAAUGUACCUGCCCUCAGCUUCGGUGAUGUCUCCUUUG